CACAUCCUCACCAGCUACAUACAUAGUCUCCCAUCACACGAAUAAAAUUUAUUCACAGAUUAAGAAAUCGAGCACGAAUUAAUCUUUAAAAAGUUUGAAUAACUUAAAAUGCCACUCCCAACGGCCUACAGCAGUUGCUACUUCUGCCAUAAAACCUUGUCAGCAAAAACAUCCCCGUCCAUUUUUAAAUUAAGCAACCAUAUUCGCCUCCACACGAAAGAAAGUCCAUUUACCUGUCCAUUUCCCGACAUUUGUAGAAUGUCGUUUAAAACCCAGAAAAAACUCACAGUUCACAAAUCCCAGCAUGAAAAUGGUGGCCAAAAACCCUGGAAGUGUGACCAGUGUGAAGGAUCUUUUAAAACCAAAAGCGCUUUAGCAAGUCACGUAAUAGACAUGCAUACAACCGAACGACCCUUCAAGUGUACCCUUUGUCCCGCCUCGUACAAGCGGGUAACCCUUUUGAAGCUUCACUUAAAGGAUCACGAUCCCUUUAACAGAUACAGUUGCACAAAUUGUGAGCUAUUGUUCAAAACUGAAAAAACUUUGAAAUCUCAUCUCGUCAAUAAACAUGGCGGGAGAGAUUGGAAGUGUUACUUUUGUAAGAAAACCUUCACUCAAGUUGGACUGAUUCAUCACAUCAGGAUUCACACGGAGGAGGCUGUUUUCAAGUGUAGAACCUGUCCGCGUGCAUUUCUUCAUUAUUCGACCAGAUUCCAACAUGAAGAAAAGGAACAUGGCGAAAGAAGAGACGAACCAGGGCUGCCCACGUGGAAAUGCAAGUUCUGUCCAAACGCUUAUAUCAAAAAACAAGGUCUACUUUACCAUCUUGGAAACAAACAUGGGGAAACUGACCUCCUACCACCCAGCCUGCGCGGGAAGGAGUGUCCCCUAUGCCACAAAAUAUGUAAAGAUACCAAUUCCCUCUCCGUCCACACCAGAAUCCAUACCGGAGAAAAACCCUACACUUGUCCGAGACCAGAUUGCGGAAAACAAUUCUCCACCUCCAGUUCCCUCAAAGGUCAUUCCAAAUACCAUGCUAACAAUCCGGGUGGGCAAUUCAAGUGUAGAUUUUGUCCGAAAUCCUUCCAAACCCCUAAACGCGCCAAAUAUCACGAAAGCAAUGUUCACCCAGAGACUUGGGCAAGACCGAAGAAGUGCUCAUCAUGCCCCAAACUUUAUCCGAGCUAUUCAUCCCUUGCCCGGCAUGAACUAAUCCAUUUGAAGGAACCCUCCUUCCAAUGUGCCCACUGCCCGAAAGCUUUUUUCCGUCAGUCCGAAUAUUCCAAGCACAUGAAACGUUUCCACGAAAUGGAGAAAAUUAAAAACGAAGUAAAACAGAAGGAGAAUUUCACAUGUAAAAUUUGCUCAAAAGAGUUUCCCAAUUUUGGGAAAUUCGCCAACCACCAAGAACUUCAUUUAGUUGGAAAUCAUCAAUGUCCCAAGUGUCCUUUGAAUUUCCAGAACGUUCACUUGCUAAGAAAGCACGAAAUAAGGUUUCAUUCAGGUCCGAAAUAUAAAUGUUACUUUUGCCUCAAAAUUCCGCGGUGGUUUAAUACACCGGGAAACCUUAGGGAUCACGUGAUAACCCACACUCAAGAGUAUGAGCGCUUUGGAUGUCCAAAUUGUGAGAAAAGCUUCAAAAGGCGGCCAAACUUAAAGCACCACAUGGAGGUUUGUUGCCCAACCCGGAAAAUAAAUUCGGCAGACUUUCUCUGUGAUAAAUGCCCUGAAAAGACGUUUUACUCGAAACACCAACUCUACACCCACACCUACAGAGCACAUACGAAAACCUGGAAGAGAAAGCCAUGCCCUUUCUGUGGGCAUAUCGCGCGGGAUAAUUAUGCCUUAGCUCUUCAUCUAAGGACCCAUGUUGGAGAGAAACCCUACACGUGUGCCACUUGUGGAAUGAGAUUUACUCAAAAAACUACAUAUUCUGUACACCUACGGCGACAUGACGAUCGAAAAAACGGGGUGAAAUUUCCUUGCAAAAUUUGUAACAAGCAUUUUAGCACAACUGACUCGUUGGCCGGACAUACGCGAAGAUUCCACUCGGGGAGAGAAAUAAAAAACACGUGCUAUUUUUGUCCAGUUAUCGUCACCAGGAAAGAAUCUCUGGAAUAUCACAUGAGAAUUCGACACACCUUUGAGAAAGUUAUUUCAUGCGGGGAAUGUCCCACUAGAAGAUUUCUUACCACAACAGGAUUGAAUUAUCAUCGUCUCAAGCAACAUCCAUAUUUGUGUUUCGAAUGCCCGAAUUGUGGCAAAAGGUGCAAAUCUAAAGGAGAAGCGACAAGUCAUUCGUCAUUUUGUAAUAAAAGGAAAUAAAACUAAAUUUGGACAAGUAUUUUUUAGCUGACCAUUAUGUGUACAGAAUUUUCAGUGUUAUUAAAUUGUCGAGAUUUUUAAGUGUAUAAUUUCGUUCGUUGUGUUUAAACAAGAUUUGCAAUUUUAUUUUAUUUAUUUAUUUAUAUUUUUAUACUCGUUUACUUUAAUACUGUCUGGUUUAAGUAACUUUUCUGUGUACCAACACUAACACUACAUCGACAUGAAAGUCAGGCUGAUUGGUUACAGAUAUUUCAAAUUUAUUUGCAGAACUAAAUUUAUCAACCUUUUUUAAAUGAUAUAGUUUUCACAGU